ACUGAUUAUUAUAUUCCUUUUCCAUAAUUUUUAAGCAUCACUCAAACCUAAUUGAGAUGACAAAUAUUCUGAUUCAUUAGCAUUGCAAUGUGAUUUACUAUGAUUCAUUUCUAUACUUUUUUUACAACUCGAAUGGUUUGACGACAAAAUCUUCACUUCGAUGGAAAAAAUCGUUAGUUGCGUAUAACUUUUGCACGUACACACAUUGUAUGUAACAGCUUUUAAAUUAAAAAAAUACUUGCAAAGUGGAGUUACCCUAAAUCCUACACCUCAAAAUAUUGUAACAAAUUGCAAUAAUUAUAUUGUUCUUCAAAAUGGAUGAGGAGAAAAUGUGGAAAGGUUUUUAUGACAAACUACAAGAAAUGAAAAUGAAUCCACCAACAGAACAUGAACACAGAUUGCAAGAUUCGGACGGGGGUUUUUUUGAAAAAUUCGGUUCUCUUUUACGCCAAAAAACGGUUAAUGAAGAAAAUGAUCUUAAAACGUCUUUGGCACCAAUGGAGGGAGAAUCUCUCGACGAAGAGGAAAAUACUCAGUGUAAUGAAAAAGUCGAUGCUUCAGAGGACAAUGAAUGUGCAUCCGGUCAAACAAUUGAUUUGGAGCCAGAAGCUAAUAUGUCUGAAAUCAAGGAGAGAAAAGAGCAAUUUUUUGAAAAAUCUGUUGGAAUGAAUAUAGAAGAUUUAUAUGAAGAAAUACUUUUUGAAAUAACAAAUAAUAUUGGAUGUGAAGCCAAUGAUGUGUGCAAGGAAUCUCUAAUUGAAUUUGCGCAGGAGGCCUUUAAAAUACCCAAUCAGAAGCAUGAAGUUAUACUCGAAGUUGCUCAAAGAAAAGAACCUCCUAAUAUUCGUUUGAAUGUAGAAAUAAUCAAAGCUGAGAAUCUGUUACCAAAGGAUUCAAAUGGAUUUUCCGAUCCGUUUGUUACCAUUUACUUAGAAUCUAAAAACUCCCAUCGAUAUAAUUCAUCCGUAAAGACUGAAACCCUUAAUCCAAUAUGGGAAGAACACUUCUCCUUACCAAUCACCGAUAACCCAAGAAACGAAGUACUCAUAAUUGAGAUUUGGGACUUUGAUGCCGCUGAAACUGUAAAGGAGAAGGUGAAUAAGCUAAUGGACGUGAAGGGCAUUAAGGGACUACGUAAGUUAAUGAAAGAAAUCGCAGUGACUGCAUCUACUGGAAAACAUGACAAUGAAUUGAUUGGAAGAACUGCAAUUACACUGAAGUCCAUUCCUGCAUCUGGUACAACUGUUUGGUAUAAUUUGGAAAAGGGAAACAAAACCAAAAGUAGAGGUUCUAUUUUAGUUAGUUUAGCAUUGAGUGCUGAAAAAAAUAAACACGUUGCUGUGCAGGAACACAGACAUUUACUUAAACUAUUACUCAUGCAUGAACUGGAAUCAUCGCAAGUUGCAAACUACUGGUGGUGCGGAAAGUUUAGUUCUAAUGCUGAAACUAUAAGAUUACAACACGCCGUUCAAUCAGGAUUAUCUAACUUCGAAUGUGCCCUUAGCCAAUGGUCUGUCUAUGCAACUAUUCACGAGGAACAUCCCCUGAGUUUUACGUUAUUUAACUCUAUAUUAGACAAUUUGGUGCCCGUGUUAAAGUGUCAAUUAAAUGAAAGCGAUGAUGUCAAAAUAUUCUGGGAUGGAGUAAAACGAAUUCUUCCAUCCUGUUUCACCGUUCUAAGAAAAAUACGAGCAAAAAAUUGGAGCGACAAGCAAAUACUUAAGACGUUGUGUGAGGUACUAGAUAUUAUGUCUAAGAUAAAGAUGCUAGAUCAGCCCCAAAAUAUUGAAUUAUUUUCUCCAAAUGUUUACGGUUGGAUAUCUCGACCAAACGAUGAGUGCACAAUUGACAGCGUUGUUAUUGAUGCCUUGCAUUCUGGUACUAUGGAAUGGCUCGAGCACAUUACAGAAGCCAAUCGAAAAAAGUGGGACCACAUGUCCGAUGAUGCAAAUCUGCAAUAUUUAAUUAAAGUGAUACAAAUGAUUCGGUCGGACCUUCAAAGGGCAAUGGAAUAUUUCGAUAAGCAUUUUUACCAAAAAAUGAAAAUUAGUUUUUCCACAAUCCUAUAUAAAUUCUACGAUAAUAAAAUUGCCGAAAUCGCUUUUACAAUUGUCUGUGAUGUAUGUAGUCAUAUUAAGCGAAUUGAUGUACCCGAUGAUAAUUUCGAAGAGCUCCCAAACAUAGAUAAUGUUAACAUGGGAACAACACUAUUUGAAUUGUAUUUGGUGUUAAAACGCUAUCUAGCAAUGGGUAAAGGUUUGUGUCCCAAUGACGAACUGGCAAUAGAGAAGUUCCAUAUGUGGUUUAUGCCUGGUGUUACCCAUUGGCUGGCAAUAUCUAUAAUCAAAGCCCUUAAUCGAAUCGAAAAAGCAAUUGAGUUGGAUGAAUUGAAGGCUGUGGAUGAAACUGUGAAAUAUAGCUCCUCGGCCGUUGACACCCUAGCAAUCUUUUAUCAAAUCAAAAUUUUCUGGCAACAAUUGGAUUGGCCAGAUGCUGAAGGAUCCUAUACGUUUGUCGCAAAAAUAGUGGAUGACAUUUGUCGUUGCUGUGUCUUCUACGCCCAAAGGAUGUCUCGUCGUGUUGAUGCCUUGUCCUCUGUUAAUGAGGAACUCUUUCGAGUAUCCACCGAAUGGUGUUUAGCUAUUAACAACAUAGAUUAUAUCAGACAAAGCUUGCCAUCAUUUAUAAAGGAACUAGGUACGGAUGAUGUAAUCAAACGUUUGGCUGAGUAUCGUACUAACCUUGAAGCAGAGCGUUGUGAAGUUACUCUUAACAACGUUAUUGAUAAUGCGUUGGAUACAGAACGGAAUCAGAUUUUGGAGUUGAUAGAGGUAUUAGCUCUCAAAAUGGCUCCCCCAAUUCGUAGAUUUCUUGCAGAAGGAGCUGAAGUCUUGCACGAGGAUUCGAAUUCAAUGGAACGUCUUAUGUUGUAUUUAGAAGGCUCCUUGAGCACUCUAUAUGAAACAUUAAAUGAAGUUAAUUUUGCUCGCACUUUAGAUGCUAUUUGGUCCCAGUUAUCAUUUAUUAUGCACGAUUUAAUCAAAUCGAAUCUAGACAAACGUCGCCCACCAGCGUUCUUUCACAAUUUACGCAACACAUUGGGAGUAAUGCUUUCAUGUUUCAAAAGUGGAAAUAUUGUUUUAUCCAACAAUGAGGAAUUAGCCGAAAUUGAAAGGGUUUUGGAGCUACAUGGGUUCGAGACAGCAGAUUUAAUUCAUCAGUAUUAUUUGGAAAGACUUGGGCAUCAAAAGGAAUGCAUUAAGUCCAAAUAUGGUCAAUUGACAAUAAAGGGAAGGUUUAAUGAAAAAGGUUUAGAGUUACAUAUCAUGAAUGCCAGGAAUAUAGUUCCAAUGGAUAGCAACGGAUCUUGUGAUUCAUUUGUUAAAGCACAUUUUCUUCCUGUUAAUAGAUUUCUUGGAGUGCAGCCCAUUAAGACUGCGGUGCACAAUAAAACAUGUUUCCCACUCUACGAUGAAAAAUUCACCAUCGAACUAAAUAAUGAACAACGAAAACAAAACAGCCUCGUACAGUUUAGUAUUAAAGACAAAGACUUAUUUGGAAUGACAAAUCAAUAUAUAGCUGAGUGUUAUAUAUCAUUUGCUGACAUAAUGGCUCAUGAAGGGGAGCAAAUUCAUAUGGAAUUAUCUCGGCCGGAAUAUAUAAGUUCCGAUACAAUUCGUGCAUUGGAGUACCGCCAGGGCGAUAAACAAGCUAAGGAUUUUUUAAAGAAAUUAAAGAAUAAGUCGCAUUCAUAAUAUACUGAAAUAUUUUUUCUACAUUUUGAUUUUUCCAACAACAAUGUUACAGUAAAUAAAACCUAUUAUUUUUACAUAAUUCUACUAACCAAUAAAAAAUGGUAUACACAUGAAUUAAAUAAAAUGAAUUGGAUCAUAAUAAAUGUGACUAUCGAAAACAUA